AUCGGUUGACAGCACUAGUUAAAUGAUCAAUUUUUACUUAGCUGCUUGUGUGACAUCUAGUCUGUUGUCAAAUAUUGCCACCCAGUGUUACAGACAAAACAUUGCAUAAAGUGAACAUUCAGAAACAUAUCAAUAACAUGUGCCCAUGUGUUUGUGUAUGUGUGCAGGUUGUUUGUGCGGAAGUGCAGUGCCUGUCUUCAGGCGAUCAGCCGCUCGGAGCUCAUCAUGCGUGUGCUGGGACAGGUGUACCACCUGGGCUGCUUCAGCUGCUGCGAGUGUGAGCGCCGGCUGCAGAGAGGUGAUGAGUUUGUGCUAAAGGAGGGACAGCUGCUCUGCCGGGGAGACUAUGAGAAGGAGAGAGAGAUGCUGGCUGCCAUCAGUCCGGCCCCUACCGAGUCAGUGAAGAGUGAGGAUGAGGAUGGUGGUGGUGUCUCUGUUGGGGGGAAGGCUGGGGAUGAUGGGAAGGAGCACAAAAGAUCCAAGAGACCACGAACCAUCCUGACCACACAACAGCGGCGCGCCUUCAAGGCUUCCUUCGAGGUGUCUUCCAAACCCUGCCGAAAGGUCAGAGAAACUCUGGCAGCUGAGACUGGACUGACGGUGAGAGUCGUGCAGGUGUGGUUCCAAAAUCAGAGAGCAAAGAUGAAGAAGAUCGCUCGCAGACAACAGCAGCAGCAGCAACAGCAAGAACAGGAGCAGAUGGGCGGGACCAGGAGGGGCCCGAGCAGAGGGGGCCGCCAGAGUAACGAUGACAGUGAGGAUGGCUCCAGCAGUCACGGACUGGACGCGCUGCUCUCAUAUUCCUCUCUGCCACGCCAGCAACUGCUGGCUUUGGAUCCCAACAUAUACAGUAGCGAGCAGUUCCGACACGGGCUCACGCCACCGCAGCUAGGCCCCGAGCAGAUGCACUCCUACGACUCCGAGACAGUUUUCCAUGACUUGGACAGCGAUGGAAGCCUCAGUCAUCUCGGGGACUGUCUCUUGUCGACUGCCGACGUUGGAGUUCUGUCAGGACGGAUAGGAAAUCCCAUUGAUCGCCUCUACUCGAUGCAAAACUCCUACUUUACUUCAUGACCCUGGUUCCACCUACCUAAAGCGCUCCUCCACCACUGCAGGGGGCAACAAGUAGAUUGAGUCUCACUGGAGGCGUCUUUCAUAGUUAAAACUAAUUGAAUCCCUCAAUCGUAUCUUAGUCGUGCCAAUAAAACUCUAACCAACCAAACCAAAACAGAGUCACACCCUAAAAAUUUUAUUUGACAUGGACAGAAUGGGAACUCACUGGAAAAACAUGUUUUAAAUCAUACAUAUGCACUAAAAACUAAACGUUUUUUUGCGACGGUCAUAGGAACAUAACAGACAUCAAUGGGCAAAUGUUCAUGUAAGUGUUACCUCACCUCAUUCACUACAGAGCACUGCAGUGACAUAUUGUUGCAAGCUAAAACCCAGAAACAAAUGA